AUGAGUUUCCACACCUCCUCAGUAAACAUCACCCUCCGCAACCGCCACACCCUAAGCUGCCGCUGCGAGCGACCUGACGGAUCCUGGUCCUACUCACGACUAGACCUGAACGAAUGCCUAGGGAACAACAACGGAGAGUUCGUCUGGGGCGGCCACAACUUCGCGCACAGCGCAUCGCAGAUCCACCUCUCACUUGAGGGAAAAGACGGUACGCCGUGGCUGCAUGCACAACUGGAUGAUCGACAUGGGAGUACACAGUCGGCUUCU